AUGAUGGAGGCCAUCAGUCUGCGCCAGUUUUUCGCCUGCGUCGCAAAGGGGCUAGGCAAUGCAGGGGAAGAAAUCGAGCAAGAACCAGAUGAAAGCGACAGUGACUCUGCCGUAAAACUCGCACUCUCAGACGAUAGCAAUGACACAGGCUCUAACAUCACCACGCCGGACGUGGAAGAAGAGGUCUCUGCUUUCACCGAGCCCGUCCCGCUGCCAGUUGGGCCAGCGACUAGUAAUCUCACCCUCUCCCGCUCCGACAUCCUCGAAUGCUUCGGCCAGGUUAAGCUAAUGGCUGAUGAUAAGAUCCGUGAGUUUGGCCUCGACGACAUCUCCCGCGCCAGCCUAGCUGGCAGUAGCAAGCUCUGCACUGCUCUGGUCGUCGAGGCAUUUGAUAAGCUCGGGUCGCCGCUGCGGACCGCCACCCCAGGGCAGCUCCUGGAUCGCGUUGCCUAUUUACCACAGAACGGCCAUAUAAUGGCCUAUAUAUAUGGCUUCCUUGAGCGCGAGGCACGCUUGAUCGAUAUCGAUGUGGCGACGGGCCAAAUCACACGCACUCAUCUGGCUGUGCCGCGUAAAACCAGUGCUGCUCUGCUCGAGGAGAUGUUAGCCGCACAUCCAGAGUCCGCUAUCCCCAACCGCCUAGUUUACUAUGCCGGCAAGCACUUAGCCGGUGUGCUCGACGGCUCGACUGAUGGCAUCCGUGUUAUCUUUGGCAGCGCCGAGGGCCGCCAACUUGUCCAGGCCAUGUACUGCGAUUACGCCUUCAACCGCAUGCACUACCAGCAGAUGGCAGAGAUCGUCACCGGAAUAUCUAGGCGUCUGACCCAGCCUGGACAGACCCUGAAAGUCCUCGAAAUGGGCGGUGGUACCGGGGGUACAACAAAUGUGAUGGCUCCGGUGCUGGCGUCCCUUGGUCUGCCAGUUGAGUACACCUUCACUGACCUGUCGCCGUCUAUGGUAGCCAAUGCACGCCGCAAGUUCUCCAAGCAGUAUCCAUUUAUGCGCUUCGCCGUGCAUGAUAUUGAAAAGCCGCCAGGCGUAGAGCUCAUGGGGCAGCAUCUUGUUCUGGCCAGCAAUGCGAUCCAUGCCACCCACAGCUUGCAUGUAUCUGUACGAAAUGUGCGCCAGGCCCUCCGCCCAGACGGAUUCCUUAUGAUGCUUGAGAUGACCGAGAGCCUACCAUUUAUCGAUCUUGUGUUCGGCCUGCUCGAGGGCUGGUGGUUAUUUGACGACGGCCGUACCCACGCCAUCGUGCCAACCAAAGACUGGGCGAAAGCUCUACACGCCGCUGGCUACGGUCACGUCGACUGGACCGACGGUCACCGGCCUGAGAACGCCUUCCAGAAAGUUAUAAUUGCCCUGGCGUCUGGAGAGCGGAUGAAGACACGACUCCCAGCACCUACAGCGUCCGUGGAAGAAACGAAAAGAGCUGUUGAUAGAGGCGAUGUAGCAUCCCGCGAGGCCGAUGCUGAACGACUUGUUGUUUCUUACACGGAUGGCUGGGCCACGCCAGCUCUCGAUUCCACGGUCAUCAAUGUCGACGACUCUACCACUUCUACUACUCCCGCCGUGGUCAUCGUCACCGGUGCUACCGGCAGUCUCGGCGCCCAUCUUGUGCAGGCCCUCGCUGAGCGCCCUGACGUUUCCACUGUCGUCUGUGUAAACCGCCAUUCUAGCAGCGUCCCGGCCCAGCGGCGACAAACUGAAGCCUUUUCGUCAAGGGGUAUUGCUCUAUCACAGGCCGCGCAGGAAAAGCUUCGCGUCUACGAGACCGACACCACCAAGCCGCAGCUCGGCCUGCUCCCUCAAGAUUACGGCUGGUUGGUCUCGCAUGCCACCCAUAUUGUGCACAAUGCCUGGCCCAUGAGCGGCACACGACCUCUCAAGGCGUUUGUGCCACAAAUGCAGACCAUGCGCAACCUGCUAGACCUGGCGCGGGAGAUGGCUCUGGGGAAACCAAAGAGGCGCAUCGGCUUUCAGUUCGUCUCCUCGAUCGGCGUGGUGGGCUACGCAGAUACAUCCGCCGGACCGCUUGUUAUCGAAGACCGUGAGCCUAUAUCCGCCAGCAUACCGGGCGGCUACACCGAGGCCAAAUAG